AUGCUCCAGCCGGGGAGGCUCGUCCAGCUGCUGACUUUGAUGAAGUUGCCCUGGUGCCUGCUGGAGUUUCUGCUUUCGGCAGUGGCGCAGGGCCAGGAGAUGUACGCCCCGCAUUCCAUCCGCCUGGAGGGGGACAUCACCUUAGGGGGGCUUUUCCCCGUCCACGCCAAGGGACCCACGGGCGUGCCUUGCGGGGACAUCAAGAAGGAGAACGGCAUACACCGCCUAGAAGCCAUGCUGUACGCCCUGGACCAGAUCAACAGCGACCCCGAGCUCUUGCCCAACGUCACCUUAGGGGCGCGGAUCUUGGACACCUGCUCCAGGGACACCUACGCGCUGGAACAGUCGCUCACCUUCGUCCAAGCUCUCAUUCAGAAGGACACUUCCGACGUGCGGUGCACCAAUGGGGAGCCACCGGUGUUUGUCAAGCCGGAGAAAGUGGUGGGAGUGAUUGGGGCGUCUGGAAGUUCCGUGUCCAUUAUGGUGGCCAACAUCUUGAGGCUCUUCCAGAUCCCCCAAAUCAGUUAUGCUUCAACUGCACCAGAAUUAAGUGAUGACAGACGUUAUGAUUUCUUCUCACGAGUGGUUCCUCCAGAUUCCUUCCAGGCACAAGCAAUGGUGGAUAUAGUAAAAGCUUUAGGGUGGAAUUAUGUCUCCACAUUGGCUUCUGAAGGAAAUUAUGGAGAAAAAGGUGUGGAAUCCUUUAUGCAAAUUUCCAGAGACUCAGGUGACCUCUGCAUUGCCCAGUCAUUGAAAAUCCCACAGGAUCGCAAAGACAAGACCUACGAAUUUGAUAAAAUUAUCAGGCUGCUCCUAGAUACUCCCAGAGCCAGGGCUAUCAUUGUCUUUGCCAACGAUGAGGAUAUAAAGCAAAUCCUAGCAGCUGCAAAAAGGGCUGAUCAAGUUGGUCAUUUUCUGUGGGUGGCAUCAGAUACUUGGGGCUCCAAACUGAACCCUGUCCUUCAGCAGGAAGAUGUUGCUGAGGGAGCCAUUACCAUUCUGCCAAAGAGAGCAACAAUAGAAGGAUUUGAUACCUACUUCACUUCACGUACAUUGGAGAACAACAGAAGAAAUGUAUGGUUUGCAGAGUACUGGGAAGAAAACUUCAAUUGCAAGUUAACGAUUAGUGGGUCAAAAAAGGAAGACACAGAUCGUAAAUGCACAGGACAAGAGAGAAUUGGGAAAGACUCCCACUAUGAGCAAGAGGGUAAAGUUCAGUUUGUGAUCGACGCUGUUUAUGCCAUGGCUCAUGCUCUUCAUCAAAUGAACAAGGAUCUGUGCACUGAUUUCUCUGGUGUCUGUCCGGAGAUGGAACAUGCAGGGGGCAAGAAGCUGCUGAAGUACAUACGCAGUGUUAACUUUAACGGUAGUGCUGGCACUCCAGUGAUGUUUAAUAAGAAUGGAGAUGCACCAGGACGUUAUGACAUCUUUCAGUACCAAAUAACCAACACCAGCACUCCAGGUUAUCAUUUGAUCGGCCAGUGGACAGAUGACCUGCAGCUCAAUAUUGAUGAAAUGCAGUGGGGCAAAGGAGUGAAAGAGAUCCCUUCUUCUGUCUGCAGUCUUCCUUGUAAACCAGGAGAACGAAAGAGGAUUAUUAAAGGGAUGCCCUGCUGUUGGCAGUGUGAGCUGUGUGAUGGAUACCAAUACCAGUUUGAUGAAGAAAGCUGCAAAGUCUGCACCUACAAUCAGCGACCUAAUGAGAAUCGCACAGGAUGCAGCCCAAUCCCUAUUGUGAAGCUGGAGUGGCAUUCCCCAUGGGCUGUCAUUCCAGUCUUCCUCGCCAUGCUUGGAAUUAUUGCCACCAUUUUUGUCAUGGCAACCUUUAUUAGAUACAACGACACCCCCAUUGUGCGGGCUUCUGGAAGGGAACUCAGCUACGUUUUAUUGACGGGGAUAUUUCUAUGUUAUAUCAUCACUUUCUUAAUGAUUGCCAAGCCAGAUGUUGCAGUGUGUUCUUUUCGGCGUAUCUUCCUUGGAUUGGGGAUGUGCAUAAGUUAUGCAGCUCUGUUGACUAAAACAAACCGUAUCUACCGCAUAUUUGAACAGGGCAAAAAAUCAGUGACAGCACCCAGGCUUAUUAGUCCAACAUCACAGCUAGCAAUCACAUCAAGUUUGAUAUCAGUACAGCUUUUGGGGGUUUUCAUUUGGUUUGCAGUUGACCCUCCCAACAGUAUUGUAGAUUAUGAUGAGCAGAAGACAAUGGAACCAGAUCAAGCCAGAGGAGUUCUCAAAUGUGACAUUACGGAUCUACAAAUCAUAUGUUCUUUAGGGUAUAGCAUUCUCCUAAUGGUUACAUGUACUGUAUAUGCCAUCAAGACUCGGGGUGUCCCAGAGAAUUUUAAUGAAGCCAAACCCAUUGGAUUCACUAUGUACACUACAUGUAUAGUAUGGCUUGCCUUCAUUCCAAUAUUUUUUUGCACUGCACAAGCAGCAGAAAAGCUCUACGUACAAACUACCACACUUACAAUAUCCAUGAACUUAAGUGCUUCUGUGGCCCUGGGGAUGCUUUACAUGCCGAAAGUGUACAUCAUCAUCUUCCACCCUGAACUAAAUGUCCAGAAACGGAAACGCAGCUUCAAGGCAGUAGUGACAGCAGCAACCAUGUCAUCGCGACUUUCACACAAAGCUAGCGACAGACCCAAUGGGGAAGCAAAAACAGAACUUUGUGAAAAUGUAGACCCAAACAACUGCAUACCACCUGUAAGAAAGAGUGUACAAAAAUCUGUUACUUGGUACACUAUUCCACCUACAGUAUAG